AACAGUGGAACUUCUUCUCUUGUUUUAGCUUCUCAGUUUCUGUUCAAAAUGUGAAAAUUCGUCUUUUAGGUUGUUGGCAAGCAUAUAUAUUUUGACGGUAGUUUGUGCUCGAGAUGUCAAAUAACGGAAAAGUUACUGAAAACUUUUGGUAGACGGACUACUAUUAAAAGACUGUGUAUCUUCUGAAAAAUUCAUGGCAAGUGGGCAAAGGAACAUUUUACAUUUCGACUCAUUUGUUUCAUAUGAAAUAUAGUUUUACAGUAAUGUGGUAUAUAUUUGGUAAAGUUAAAGAAUAUCAAAAAGCUUUGAUGAUUUUACCUACCAAUAUAACUUAUUCCAAAAUUGUUUAUUCCGUAAAUAGAUCAACCAUGGAUUUAGAUCCAAUCGAUUUCUUUCCCGGUUAUGAUCCUUACAUUUACACAAGACAAAGAUCGAGGCAAUCAUGCUGUUGUACAGUUAUAACUCAUAUGCUGGCAGUCUUGUUUUCCAUCGGAAUUUGUGGAAUAACUUUAUAUUACUAUGAAAAUAACUUCACGAAGAAUAUAUUUCCGUAUAAUACAAAUAUCGAUGAACCAAAAAACCAAACAGAGCCCAUGUACAUAAAAAAUAUUCUGGAUGAGAUGAAAACACUCAAGGACAAUAUGGAAAAAACCAAUAUCUGGAGGAAACACCUCGAAGAACUAUUCGCUAAAAUUUAUUUUCAACAGGAAUCCAUUUUUGAUAAGAAAGUUGAGGAAGCUUUGGAUAUGUAUGACGCUGACAAAAUUGGACUAUUCGAUUAUGCCUCGGUAUAUGCAUAUGGAUCGGUAAUUUCAACUCCCUGCACAAGCCCUUACCCUGCUAACAAAUCUAUUAAUUUCUUCAGUUUGCUAAAUUUUAACGUCAUGUCCGAUCCAGAAUCGCUAUUGCAACCUGAAAACUUACCUGGUAACUGUUUUGCUUUCCAUGGAUCUGAAGGGAGAAUCCGAAUAAAACUAGGCAGAAAAAUCACCAUUAAAGCAGUUACAAUGGAUCAUGUCAAAUUGCUUGAUAACGGCGAGAGUGCACCGAAGAAUUUUGAAGUGUUUGGGCUUCAAAACCCAAACGAUGAUUCAGGAGUAUUACUUGGAAUGUUCACUUAUGACCAGAAGGGAAGACCUUACCAAACGUUCAUGAUCAACAGUAAUUUAACAUACGUUCCAUUUGAAUAUGUUGAACUGCAUAUUCUGGACAAUUAUGGAAAUCAAGAAUUUACCUGUGUUUAUCGUUUUCGUGUUCACGAUAUGUUCAAGAACAAAACAACUUGAAGCAGUAUUGCGUUUAUAAUUUUAAGUUUUUCAUUAGUUGAAAAGAUAUGAAAUAAAAUAAUAAUUUACAAAA